AUGUUUCCACAUACGAUUUCUUCCCUUAAAGCCUUCUUCCUUUGCGGGUUGGCAGCCUUUGGAACUGGAGUGUUUAGCGUUAAAUCGCCCCAGUAUGAGCCUGGAAGACCACUGCAAAAGCGAGCACUAUCCUCUCUUACUAUAGCCUAUGGGUCCGACGACGAGUUUUCGUGUUCAAACAAUCAGUUGAACAUGAUCUAUCAGGCAUUCAGUGAUGCCCAGCGAUUAGCAAAUUUCGCCGCUCAUGUUUUGGAGAGACCUGAUGUUGAAAACUCGCUGGCAUUCGACAUCUGGUUUGGGUACUCAAAUAGGGGGAAGAAAGAGUCUAUUAGAACAAAUCACUUCCUGAAUGUGGCCGAGAGCAUGCGCAGGCCCACAACGUCCGAAGAUAUCUUUGCUGAAAUAGAUCCAACCGGCGUGGUGAUUGGAUGCACGGCACCAGACGUCCCUGAUUGCACACCUCACAAAGUCGCCCUCGCGAGCGAGUAUCGUUCUACAGAAGAUGGGGAUGCAAAUGUUUUACUGCUCUGUCCUUAUUUCUUCACUUUUCAAGAUCCACUUCAGGACUUGAUCGAAAGCAUUAGGACACAGACCGUUAAGUUUAAUGCUGGGUUUGCUUUACUCCAUGAGUUUCAGCAUUUUGGAGCUGUUGUGGGCGCAGAGAAUGUGUGUGAGGAUUAUGAAUAUCUGUUUUAUGAAUGUGGUCACCUGCCAGCUGAGCAGAAGAUUAAUAACGCCCAGAAUUACGUUUGGUUCGCGGUAUACGUCGCAUCCAACCCUAACACCGCUAUACACCGAUGCAGCGACGCAGCCGGACCAUCUGAACCAAAGUUUCUAAGGAUUAGGGGACAUGGCCACAGAAUUCCUGGGACCAAUGCGACGCACCCAUCACCUCCACAGAACCACAGGAUUCCUGGGACCAAUGCGACGCACCCUUCUGCCCCUUCAGGUUCUCCCCCGCCCCGCAAUACUCCCUCUCCCCCCGUCAAUCGUCCUCCGGCUUCUUCUUCACCUCCUGCACACCAUGAUAAAGGCGGCGGCUUACUCCCUCCUGUUAUCGUCCCGCCGCCAGGUGGUGCUGCUAAACCUCCAGGUGCUGCACCCCCGGGAAAUGGUAAUAAAGAUGAGGAGCCUGUGAAAAAGGAUAAGCCAACACCCACCCCAACGCCGACUCCGACUCCGACUCCUUCCCCAACGCCGAGUCCCCAACCCUCACAGUGCUCAAGGCCGCCGCUUCCCAGAUUGUCUGGUCCUAAGUUUGUCGACCAAAUUGGCCUUAGUCCUAAGGUCAGAAAGGCCUUGUUUCACCAAGAACACCUAAGAAAUCAAACUACCGUAGUACCAUCUAAAUCGCCAGCACCUAAUCACCCUUCGUCAGCAGCAUCGUCCACGAUGAGCCUUACUGGUAAACCUACACCAACACCAACACCAACACCAACACCAACACCAACACCAGAUCCACUAGCUAAUCUAAAGGAUUGCAACUGUAACUCUCUUGAGACUACGCAGAGGUGCUGCAAAGAACAUAGCGGCGAGGUAGUUUACAACUAUGCUUGCCGCCACUCGCGUGAUUCCUUUAGCUUUUUAGAUUGCUGUUUAAGGUAUGAAAAGGAGACUAAGCAUAGUGUUUGUGUUGCUGCUAUUCCUAUACCAAAGUAG